AUGUACGAUACCCUGAGAGAGUACUGUGUCCUAAAUGAGGUAGCAAAGAGCUCAGGACUGGGGCUCGUCUGCGUUGCAUGUGAUCUGGGGUUUCACGAUCAGGAUGUGCUAUACAAGCAUUUCGACACUAUGAAGGGCCAAGACAACGUCCACAACGGAUUGUCCAAGAGACAGGGAAAUUUCAGCCUGUUUCUGGAUAGUUAUAGAACAGCUAUGGGCUGGGAAACCAUCUCAAAGGAUGAUUAUCCGAUCAAAUUUAAUGAGACGGAACGACGAUCUGGACGUCGGCCAUUCUACACCUUCUUCGAAAUCGAUUUUGUCCUGGAAAAAAAGGGCGAGGUCAAACUCAACACCCCGGAGAAGAGUCUUGCAAUUGUGUGGGAACUUGUUAGGAAUGCUAAAAAGGAUUAUGUAUGUCCUCUCUGUUUGGUUCUCUGCAGCACUACAAAGGCGUUUUAUUACCAUUGCGACCAACGGAAGGAUGAUGUCCACACGGGCCUCGCCUACAAGGGUCCAAAUUGCGAAUUGUUUCUUCCUCAUUAUUUUACUGCCCUCAAGGCAACAGUACCGGAGGAAGAAUUGCCUUUGGGUAGGGGUCGAAAGGGCGCGUACUCCUUCCAUGAGUGUUUCCGGCUGGAGUUCGUCUUGAAAUGGAAACAAGGUGAGUAA